GCGCCUCGCUGGCAGUAGGAGUUGUGUAAGGGGAGAGUGAGAGCAGCACAUUGAUACGCUGGAGCUGGAGAGUUGGUUGUGUAAGCAGGAUCUGCAGGGAACUACAGAGGGGCUAACAAAAUGUUUGGCACUGUGGUGGUGGGGAUCGGAAUUGCUGGAUCUGUGCGGAUAAGAGACAUGCUGAAUCCGAUGCCUUCCAGCCCUUCUGAGCACCUGAAACUGUUUGGCUUUGUAUCCAGAAGAACUCUCGGUAAUAUUAACGAGGUCAAGCAGAUUAGUCUGCAAGAUGCUCUGGGAAACAAAGAGAUCCAGGCGGCCAUCAUCAGCACUGACAACAAAAGCCAUGAGGAGAAUGUCAGGAUGUUCUUGGAGGCUGGGAAACAUGUCCUUGUCGAGUACCCCAUGGCGCUGUCCACUAGCACAGCACGUGAGCUCUGGGAGAUGGCUGAGCAGAAAGGUAAAAUCCUCCAUGUGGAGCACAUUGAACUUUUGACAGAAGAGUACAAGCAGCUGAAAAAGGAGGUGGCUGGGAAGGAGCUUGUCAAAGGAACAUUACAUUUCACAGGUGGUGCCUUGGAUGAAGAGCGAUCAGGCUUCCCAGCUUUCAGCGGAAUUGCCCGCCUGACUUGGCUCGUUGACCUCUUCGGAGACCUCACUGUCACCUCAGCCACUAGAGAGGAACAGAAAGAAAAGAGUUAUUCCAGAAUGACAGCACAUUUUCAGACUGCAAACAAGAAACCUCUGACAUGGAUUGAAGAAAGGGGACCAGGGCUGAGACGUGAUAAGAAAAUCAACUUCUGUUUCAAAAGUGGCUGCCUGGAGAACCUCCCUGAGGCCCCCAAGUCUGCUGUGGGCCUCUUCAUGCAAGAUCAGAACCUCUUUGCCAAAAAACUGUUGGGCCAGGUCUCCAGAGAAGAGCUGGCCGCUGAGAAGUGGCGCAUCCUGCGGUGCCUCGACCUCGCAGAGGAGAUUCAGCAGCACUGUGAACGGCCGGCGAAAAUCCAUUCCUAAGGCCGCUCUUUAUGAGAAAGGGAAUGUGGUAGUCAGAGGCUGAGUAGAGCUGCAGCUUAGUGUUACCCUAAAGCAGCUUGUUGGCAGUUAACUUCUAUUUGAUUGGUUCUUACCAUUGAAAUCCAUGGGGCUUUGCUCAGGAGCUUGGGCCCCACAAGUGUUUUAUGCUGUGUGAGAUAUUUAACAUGGCAGAACUGGAUGAUGCAUUGGGCUGUCCCCAGUACAUGGCAUCUUUCCAGUCAAACUUAAAGCUACCAGGCAAAGAGCAUUCAGACGUGUUGCUCCCACAGAAGUCAAUGGGAGAUUUUGUCAUUGACUUCCAGGGAAGCAGGCCCAAUGAGACUGCAGAAGUUACAAUUUAUUAAAUAUAAUUUUAGUUCCUUCUUCUUUUUAAUAUAUAUGAGAGCAAGAGAUUUAUAGCACUGUCUAGAAUGAGGCAUAGAGCUGCUCUACAAGCCUCUCUACCUCCAAAGGUGUUAUAGCACCACACUCCUGACCUGCAAAACUUCACAUAUUUCAGUCUUGUCCCUUCCCUGAGUAACUGCCCUGAACGAUACUUUGUGUAUUGGCUGUGGGCCAGAUUCUGAGAUUUUACACCAGUGUAAACCAAAUCCAUUACUUACAAUGGCAUUUACACUGGUUUAAACACAGAAUAAAUUAGAUCGGAAUCUGUCCUCUCACUGGGCGUUAUGCCGAGAUCACUAAACUGAUUUCUCUGCUGCCUUAUGCCAGGUUGUAACCCAGUUUUCCAGAGGCGAAAGGUUAGUAUAAUACAUUAACCCACUGCAUCACCUGCCCCUUUUCAAGAUCCUUUCCCCAUAACCAGUCCUUGGCUCCUCUGUUUCUGAGCACAGUGGCUCACUGGCACACUGAGGCAUGCCCAUAACCCCUAUUAAUGUUCAUGAGAAUUCUGCAUGUGACUCAGUGUGAGAAUGGACCACUCUGAAUAAAUGAAAUGUAUUAAUUUAAUUAAUAGAAACUAUAAAUAAUACAUUUAUAGAAACAGGGACAAUAUAGUAAUGCCAAUUAUAGCAUGGUGUUAGGAAAUAGCAAAUGGCAACCAUGCAACUGUGAUAUUAUUUAUUUGUUGUUUUUCAGUAGUGCCCAGAGACCCCAUGGUGCUAGUUGCUGUACAAAUACAUGGCAAGAUUUGGUCCCUGCCAUAAAGAAAUUGCAGUCCUGAAAAGCGCCAAGUCAUCAGCAUGCAUAGAGAAAAAACUGAAGCAAUACCUUUGUCUCCCUGUAUUAUAUUCUAAUUACAACACACAUCUGUUAUAAUAGCAAUAAAGCCCUCUUCAGAAUGUUUUGUUGUCUCCCGAACAUACUUCAUGGGAAGCCAGCAGCCCUUGUCCACAUUGGCACUGGAGGAAUAAACUCCAAAACCAAGCACAUAUAUUAUAAAUUAUAGACAGUAUAAUAAAUCUAAAAUAAUGGCCAAAUAAAACUUUAACCAAACUCAUCUGAACAGCAGGUAUGGUUCAAUUAGAGAUUGGGGAUGGGCAGGAUGGGGUAUGUUGUUUGUUUGAUUAGGUUUUUUUAAUCCAAAUCAGGUCAGCCAGACCUAAUUAGUAGUAUCUUUACUUUGAGGUGCUUCUAAGGCUAGGUCUACACUACAGCGGGGGGUCGACCUAAGAUACGCAACUUCAGCUACGUGAAUAGCGUAGCUGAAGUGGCGUAUUUUAGGUCGACUUACCUGGCUGUGAGGACGGCGGCAAGUCGACCACUGCCGCGCCGCCGUCGACUCCGCUACCGCCUCUUGCCGCGGUGGAUUUCCGGAGUCAACGGCAGAGCCAUCAGGGAUCGAUUUUAUCGCGUCUUCACUAGACGCGAUAAGUCGAUCCCUGAUAGACCGAUUGCUACCCGCCGGCCGGCGGGUAGUGAAGACGUGCCCUAAGUUGUGCCUGCAAAAUAUGGGCCUGAUCCAAUGCCCAUAAAAAUCAAUGGAAAGCCUCCCUUUGACUUCAUUGGGCUUUGGAUCAGGCCUUAAAUACACGUAAGCACAAACAGGAAACGUGCCUGCAGAAUAUGCAUUGUGUAGCCAAAUGGGUACUUGAGUCCCAAACUGGUCUAUUUUGCAUUCACAAUGACUUCUUUACACAUGGACAUACUUUGCAGGAGCAAAUACAAUGCUAUCUUUGGAAGGAGGGAAAUUUUAUCCUCACUAGUUUUAUGACAAAAUGUGUGGAGUCCACCCUAAUUAAAAAUAGAAUUAAAAUCUUCUGCUAUGGAUAUUCAGCAAUGCACAAAAUAUUUCUGGUUUUAUGACCUUCUCCUGUUUGCUGAGAAAGGAAAAAACGCUGUAGAUGCUAGAGUUGAUGACUCAGUCCCUCCUUUCCUAAUCAGGUCACACUAAGUGUGUUUGAAGCAUUUUGCAGAUAAUCCUGACUGUUUUAAAAAAAAAAAUGCACACUGCAGGGGAGUGUCUUAGACAAGCUGGAAAACAACCUCAACAGGGAGGCAAACAGGUAAAAUAGAUCAGUGAAGUUGAGUUUUAGGUUAAAAAAAUAACCACCCCACUACACGCUAAUACUUUGUAAUCUUUGAGUGAGUUAAAGCUUUAAGGUGGGAUUUUCAGUGUUGUCCUAUCUGUGCUCAAUGGGAAUUUUACCUUUAACUUCAAUAAGAGAAGAAAGAAACCAGUGCUGAGUAGAUUUUGAAUGUUCUGCCCUUAACAAGCACUGUUAUGUCUUGCUUGUGAAUUCAUUCUAUAGAAGCUCUUCCGGUUAUUACCGGCUUGUUCUGCCAGGUCAAUGUGUAUGAAACGCUACCCUGCCUACCUUAACUGAAACUUCCCUUGCCAUGCUAUUGGUGUAGUUACACUUGUACACAGGGGCCAAAUUGGAAGCUACAUGCAUCUGAGUCAUUUUUCCAAAGGGAUGUGGAGGUGUUAAAAUGGAAUUCUUCACGUUGCUCUCGAAGGGUGCUGCCUUAGAAAUGCAGGAUCUCGGUACAGUGACAGCCUUCACGCAUUCAUUUCUUGCAUAUCACAUUUUUUCCAUUUUCUUGAGAUGAAGGCAAAAGGCCUUUGAUUAAAGAAAAAUAUAAAUAUCAAUGUUUUUUAAAAAGAAAACUUACCUCGGAUGAAAACUGAAGCUGACGGCCUAAAGUGACACUGUCAACCUUAAAAUAUUUUUUUUAAGUUGUUUGGUUUUAUUACCUCACUUUGCUAUUAGUGAUGCUGUGGAACUCUAUUUGACUUGCAACUUAUUUUUUUGCUAAUAUUUGUGAAAAUGGAGGCAGACUUGUGACCAUUCUGGAUUACGCAUGGCAGUCCAGUGACCUGCCCCUCCACUGCUCUGAGCACUCCCUUUACUGUGCACUGCAGUGUCUGAUGCACUAGAGUUGCUUUGAUGUCUUCCGAGAUGUGAAUUUGCUGAUGUAUUGUGGUGGUUCUAGCUACAGGUGUUAAUGAAUGUGUUGCGUUCACAUUAAUAAAGCUGUUGGAGUCCA